AUGUCACUAAACUGGGCCGAUGAAACAGAGAUGGAGGAGAAGGCAAGGGAGACCGAGCUAAAGGAGAACCCACAGCUCGCUGAGGAGCAGCGAAAGAUUGAGGAGAGAGAGAGAGCCGCGAAUGAGGAGAAGCUCAGAGCGAGAGAGGAGUUGCUCCAGCAGCAGCAGCAGGCACAGGCUCAGGCGCAUCAGACCUUCCAGAGACAGCAGCAGGAGUACAGCAGAGGUGGUCGUGGUGGUCGUGGUGGCUACCAGGGUCAGGGCGGCUACAACAGAGAUGGUGGCAACAACAACUACCAGCAGGGCGGCUACAACAACAAUAGAGACGGUGGCAGUGGACGUGGUGGCUACAACAACAACAACAACAGCAACUACCAGCAGGGCGGCUACAACAAGCCAAGCUACGGUGGCAACAGAGGUGGUUUCAACAACAGCAGAGACGGCAUGAACAACAGCGGCGACAGACAGCAGCAGUACAACAACGAAAGACCUCAGUACAACAACGACCGCAACAACAACGCCGGCGGCGAGAAUGGCGGCUCGAGAUACCAGCAGCCACAGAGACCCAAGUACGACAACACCGAGAUGACCGUCGUUGUCACUGGCUACGAAUUCCAGAACAGACAGCCCGAUGAGGUCAAGAACGACUUGGGCAACUUCAUUGAGCAGCACUCACGAUUCUCUGCCGAGGAGAAGCCAAAGAUCGAGAAGAUCGACUUUGGUCGUCAGGGCGCUGUCGCCUACAUCGUCAUGAAGGACAAAGAGUCCAUCGAGCGCGCCUGUCAACUCAACGGCGAGUGUCUGCCCGGCAGCACCGCCGCUCUGGUCUUCCAGACGCACGCCGAGAGCAAGCAGCAACUUAGACAGCAGCAGCAGCCUCAGCAAGGAGGAUCGUUGAGGACCUCAUUUGGCGGACAGCAAUCGUCUUCGGGCACUGGUGCGCCAAAGCCCAGCCCAUUUGGUGGCGCCGUGCCAGUCGACACCGACAAGUUUAUGCGUGAGCGCUUCGAGAAACCCGACCAGCAAUCCCAGCAGCAGCAAGAGGGCGACCAAUCACAGUCUGCCCAGCCUGUGCAGCAGGACGACGGCUCCAACUCCCAGCCAUCCAACCAACCUCAACAAUCACAACCUUACCGAUACAACAAGGACAAGCCAGCCAGGAGGAUGCAGUCGUCUGGCGACAACACAAACAGUCUGAACAGCAGCGGCGGCAGCAGUAGUCAGGCCAAACCAUUUGGUGACAAGCCAUACCGCAACAACAACACGACACCAUUUAACAAGAACGAGCGUCCACAAAAGAAAGAGAACAAGCCCGACGAAGAAGGAUGGAUCGAGACACGUGGUGGCAAGAUCAAGGAGCCAAAGAGCAAGCCUGCUGCUCAGACCGCCAAAAAGGAGGCUGUUCAGAACAAGUUUGCUGUCUUGAACCUUGAGGACGACGAAGACAACUAG